GUAAAUAAAGAAGCAGAAGUAUAAAACCCUAACUCAACCCUAUUCUUAUUUUCUCGUCAUUUCGGCUGUUGCUUCUUCAGGAUUUCAUUUCCCCUCUCUUCCGCCGUCGACAUUCAUCGCAAUGGCCCCGAAAAAAGGUGCCGUAAAGACUCUUGGAAAGAAGAAGCCUGAGAAGACUACUAACCCUUUGUUUGAGAAGCGACCCAAGCAAUUCGGAAUCGGUGGUGCUCUUCCACCAAAGAAGGAUCUCACCAGGUUUAUCAAAUGGCCCAAGGUUGUUCAACUUCAGAGGAAGCGAAGGAUCUUGAAGCAACGUUUGAAGGUUCCCCCAGCUAUCAACCAAUUCACCAAGGCUCUUGACAAGAACCUUGCAUCAAACCUUUUCAAGUUGCUCCUCAAAUACAGACCUGAGGACAGAGCAGCUAAGAAGGAAAGACUUUUGAAAGCUGCACAGGCAGAAGCUGAGGGAAAGAAGCCCGAGAGCAAGAAACCUGUUGUUGUGAAGUAUGGUCUUAACCACAUCACAUACCUUAUUGAGCAGGGUAAGGCUCAGCUUGUUGUCAUUGCCCAUGAUGUUGACCCUAUUGAGCUUGUUGUAUGGCUUCCUGCCUUGUGCCGUAAGAUGGAGGUUCCAUACUGCAUUGUCAAGGGAAAGGCUCGUCUUGGAACGGUUGUCCACAAGAAGACCGCAGCUGCUCUUUGUUUGACUUCUGUGAAGAAUGAGGACAAGAUGGAGUUCAGCAGGAUUGUUGAGGCUGUCAAGGCCAACUUCAAUGACAAGUACGAGGAGCACAGGAAGAAGUGGGGAGGCGGUAUCAUGGGUUCCAAAUCCCAGGCCAAGAUGAAGGCAAGGGAGAGAGUCCUUGCCAAGGAAGCUGCCCAGAGGUUGAAUUAGAUUCAAGAAGUAUUUGUGUUGCAGAGGUCUCUUCCCUAGCGUUUUUUCUAUUUUAUAUUUGGUUACAUUUACGGCACUUCAGAAAUUCAACUUUAGUCUUUUCGGUUAAAGUACUUGUACUGAGUUUUGGUAGUAGUGGAUUUUGAAAUUGUCACCUUCAAAUAUGAACCAGUUGUAUGGAGUGUGCAAUCUUUAUUAUUUUACCUUCUGAAGUAGAUAUGGACUUAAUGUGACCCUAAAUAGUUUA